AUGUCCCUAGCACGGCUAGUGUACUCUCUUUUCAGAAAAGUACGAUCGGUCCUUCUGCUAUUCAUUACCAUAUCACUAUUAUUCUAUUAUACGUUCCAAAAUGAAAUCGAUAUCCUAAAUUCGUAUGCUUUAAACGAUUCGCUGCCAUCUAUAAACAACAACGAGCACGAUACGGAGACAUCCACGAACUUGGAGUCUGCAACCGUACACUCAUCCAUUUCUGACCGAAUUUCCGCUGAUAAGGGCAACAGCAAUAUUAUUCUGGAUUUGUCUGAUCCUGCUACGUUAAGAGAGAAAAACAAGUACUUUCCGCUGCUAAUAAGGAAAUCUUCCAACAAAAUUGGUUCGAACUCACCAAUCUCAUCUCUACUGACAUUCAAGGAAAAAUAUGCCGUCUUGUUUGAAUAUUCAUUGCCUUCUCAAACUUCCGCAACCCAGGAUGAGGCCCACAAAGUCCAACACAAUAUGCAAUUAACUCCAGAUUUUGCCAUGGUUCAACAGGUCAAAGAAAUUUUCAUGAAAUCGUGGGAACAAGAGCAAUUACUACUGAAAAGUAAAUUAAAAAGAGAAUCCACAUGGCCCAUAGAUCUAAUUGAUUCUCUAGAUACAUUGUAUUUAUGCGGCGAAACUAAGCUUUUUCAAGAUUCAGUUAACCUAAUAGAAGAUUUCGACUUUCGGAUACCUCCACUGGCAGUAGAAGUUAUUGAUAUUCCAGACGUCACUAACCGCGUACUUGAAGGGUUGCUAUCCGCAUAUGAAUUAUCCAUGGAUAAGAGACUGCUUACUAAAGCAAAGCAAGUGGCAGAUUUCAUAUUACGGUCCUUCGAUACUCCCAAUAGGGUCCCUAUUUUAAGAUUUUUUUGGAAAUCUGACUUGAGAAAUAGGUUUCCCGAUCGUGAGACUCCCUCGGGUCAAUUAACUACAAUGUCGCUCGCAUUCAUUAGACUGUCACAGCUCGCUCAUUUGAAUAAGUAUUUUGACGCUGUAGAAAGAGUUUUCACCACAAUACGACAAUCCUAUAAUGAAUUUGAUAUGGAUUUCAUGUUACCUGACGUUGUAGAUGCAUCUGGCUGCCAGCUGCUGACUUCAAGGGAAAUUGAAAAGGGCGUACACAUAAAGGGGUCCGGUAUCAUGAAAAGCAUCAAUGAAGAUUUCAAAUUCGUUCACUGUCAACAGCUAGGUAUAUUUUUGAGCUCUCCUUCGCUUGACGACUCUCAAGAACAACCUCGAUAUCAGUCUUAUGGAAUUAAUGAAAAGACAAUACCGAUUUUGGAGAAUUUGCUCAAGAUUGAUGAUCUUUUCCAAUCCUCUUACGAUAUUUUGGGCGGAUCAAGUAAGAACGCCAACCCUGCGACGGAGGAUGCUAACGCCAAUGAUGAUAUAGUAGAAGAUGGUGAAUAUAUUGAGAAAAGGAAUUUGAAAAGCGGUCAGAAAAAGGAAUCAGCAGAAAAUGCUUUGAAUGGUAAAUCGGUAAUAGACUCGCAAAUGUUUCUAACGUACUCAAUAAGUCAUAUUUUUAAAUUCAUGACUUUCCAACCCAUGUUCCCCAAGCAAAAGGGAAAUCCAACAGUUAAAUUUUUAAGUUCCGUACUGACAAAAUCUCAAUUUACGCCCGCAACCAAUGAGUUGGAUGUCACGGUGAAAAGAUCAUACAACGUUUCAUUAAACUCUUGCAGGCUUGGCGGCAUCCUGGGUUUAAGUUCACGUAUUUCCCCUCAAGGCGGUGUCAACAGCAAAUAUAUCUUACCAUCGUCACUAUUGGAAAUGAGUGAAACAAUUACACAGAGUUGUUUUGCAUUAAUGAAAGAGUUUGACGGGCUGGUCCCUCAAAAACUUCAAUUGGACCCUUGCUCUGACGACAAAAAUGAGGGUUGCGAAUUUAAUAGUGAAGUCAAAUCUCAAAUGAUUAUCGGUGGUGAAUAUGAGAUCCUUGAAAAUGACCAGGAUACUGGAAUCAAAGUUUGGAACCACGGUACAAAUGGAGAUAACCAUAGAGUAAAGAGAAAUAUAAUAGCAGGGGACGAACUAGUAGAAAACGAAAGCAUUAAAUACCACACCCUUGGAAAAACAAAGUCUGCCACUGCAGCGAAUGAUGACGAAAUAACGCAAAUGCGUAGAGUUUACACAUUUGGCAAAGACAUCAAACCGCAUAUAACGAAGGAUGAUAUUGUUGGUUACAAAUGGACAAACCAUCCGGACUGGCCAUUGUGGGUCAACAAAGUGGAAUCGAGAAGACUAUUGGAUUCGAAUAUUAUCGAAUCUAUAUUUUAUAUGUAUAGAAUCAGCGGAGAAGAAAAAUGGAGAAGCAUGGGCAGACAAUCGUUUGAAAUCCUGCUGAGAGAGCUAAUGAAAUUAAACAGUGGUGCCAAGGGAAUGUGGCAGGUAAAGGAAUUUUAUGAAAACGGUGAAAAGACAAACAAUGACUUACCUAGCUAUUGGUUUUCCAGAACAUUAAAGUAUUACUUGUUACUAUUUAGUGGUGGGGAUACAAUUUCAUUGGAUGAGUACAUCUUAACUCAAGGUGGCCAUAUAAUUAAAAAGAAAUGA